GAAAAGAAAAGCGCAGCGCCGAAUCACGGGCUCAUUAUUAUUCAUUGUUUUCUUCAGUCUAGACACAAGAUUAGAAAAAGAUCAUAUCAUUCGAAUCCUUGCUCGAACCCUCGAUCUAACACUUUUGAACAUAUCAUCCUUCAUCAGCACCCCUUCACAAUGCCCCUCCCUCAGCGUACAGCGUCCCUCACUAGAAUCACCAAUGAGACGAAGAUUCAAAUCUCACUGUCCUUGGAUGGAGGCGUCCUCCCUCCCUAUGAGCCUACCGAACACUUCCCCGCUCCUGAGGACCCCAAGGAGGCCGAAGCUGCGAAGCAAGGAAUUGUCCCUCCCAAAGAUGCCCACCAUGCGACACAGUUCACCGCAACACAGCAGAUCACCGUGAGCACGGGUAUUGGCUUCCUCGACCAUAUGCUGCACGCUCUCGCGAAGCAUUCAGGAAUGAGUUUGGCCAUUAGAGCCAAGGGAGACCUGUACAUUGAUGAUCACCACACCACCGAAGACACCUUCCUUGCUCUCGGAGCGGCCUUCACCAAGGCCCUGGGUGCCCGCCAAUCUAUUGCCCGCUUCGGUCGCGGCGAUGCACCUCUCGACGAGGCUCUUUCGUGGGCUGUCAUUGAUAUCUCUAGCCGCCCCUGGGCCGUGAUCAACCUUGGUUUUCGUCGUGAAAAAAUCGGCGACCUUAGCACGGAGAUGAUCACACACGGUUUGCAGAGCUUUGCUCAGGAAGCGGGAGUGACUCUUCAUGUGUGCUGCACCUACGGUGACAAUGAUCACCAUCGCGCGGAGAGUGCAUUCAAAGCCUUGGCUGUGGCUAUUCGCACAGCUUGCACCAGGAGGGUGGCCGGUGAAGUCGGUGCAGGAGAUAUUGUCAGUACCAAGGGUGUGCUGUAAACUAUACUAGAAGUUCUUGAGUUCUGGUGGCCGGAGCCAAGUGCUCCAAUGUCCCAUACGGACAAAAGGAGGGCAAAUUUUUUUACAAGAUGCCAUUGCUUUUCAAUAUUCAAGAGACGAA